GCCCCCACCUCUCUGAGCCCUACUCUGUGUUGCACCUGCUGCUGGGGAAGCACUUGGGCUGCAUCUAAUGCUCCAGGGGGGCUGCUGUCCAGGGCUCAGACAUUUAGGGGGAUGGGUUAUUCUUAUACCAGUCGCACCUUGUGUCGGUAAGUGGUAAGGUGCUGAUGAAUCUAGUGCUGAAAUCCGAGCCGGAAGCUCGUGUAACACUGCCAUAGGAAGAGGCGCUUUCUUCUCCUUUCACCACAAAAUGGAUGUCCUUCCUGUCACUGUGUGAUUCAAAUUCCCCACUAACUCCAGCUCCACCCCCUUUACUACGUCUACUAAUCCCUCUAAACGUUUAACCCCUGACUGUGCAAGCAGGACUGUGUGUGCCUUUCAUGUUCGGGGGAGCAGCUUUACGCCUCAGCUCCCUCCCCAAGCAAAAUGCUUUCAGCCAGUGCGGGGAUAUGAGCUAAAGCUCCCGUACCACAAACUCCUCCUGUGUAUAACACAACUGAUGUGUGGGAGGGACGCACAUAUAGAAAGCCAGGGGGCAAACAAAAGCGGCAGUGUUGGGUAACCUCCAGCUCUCCAUUCUCUGUGACCCUCCUGUGAGAGCUGGGCAUCCUCCCCGCCAAGUAAAAGGCUAAUGUUUCAUAAACAAAAACACACAUAAGGAGAAACCCCCCUGAGUGUGCUGGUCCGCACCCCCUUUCUAAUGAUAUAAAAGAAAUUGUCUGGAGAGAGAGAGACAGAAGAGGUGGUGGGGGAGAGAGCAAAUCGCGCUGCAGCCAAUGAAAGGCAAGUCUCCGGCUGUGACAUAUGCAGCAGUAGCAGUAGCAGCAGAGAAGCUGGAGAGCGAGCAGGGGAAAUAAAGAUGGCAAUGUCUCUCGUCCAAGCAUGCCGCAGCCUCGCUCUCUCCACCUGGCUGCUGUCCUUCUGCUUCGUACAUCUGCUGUGCCUGGACUUCACGGUGGCCGAGAAGGAGGAGUGGUACACAGCGUUCGUCAACAUCACCUACACGGAGCCGCUGAGCCACCAGUGGAGGACGGAGAAGAGUGAGUGCGGGAGGUACGGGGAGCAGUCUCUCAAGCAGGAUGCCUGGGGCUUGGCGGUGCUUCCCUCUUCCCAGCACGACAGACUGGCCUGUGACCCGGCCACCAAGUUCUCAGUGCCGGCUAAUGGCAGCCGAUGGGUGGCACUUAUUCCCAGGGGGAACUGCACAUACAGGGAUAAAAUAAAGCAUGCCGCCUUACAGAACGCUUCUGCUGUGCUCAUUUAUAACGUGGGCUCCAGUAAUGCCAAUGAAACCAUCACCAUGCCACAUACAGGCAUUGACAAUAUUGUAGCAAUAAUGAUUCCAGAGCCUAAAGGAAGAGAAAUAGCCAGUUUACUGGAAAGGAACAUUAAUGUGACAAUAUACAUCACAAUUGGGACGCGGAACUUACAAAAAUAUGUCAGUCGGACAUCAGUGGUAUUUGUUUCCAUAUCCUUCAUUGUCCUGAUGAUUAUUUCUCUUGCUUGGCUUGUGUUCUACUACAUCCAGAGAUUUAGAUAUGCCAACGCACGCGACAGGAACCAGAGGCGGCUUGGAGAUGCUGCUAAAAAAGCCAUCAGCAAAUUGCAAGUCAGAACCAUCAAGAAAGGCGAUAAGGAGACAGAGCCAGAGUUUGAUAACUGCGCCGUUUGCAUUGAAGGUUACAAGCCUAAUGAUGUUGUCCGAAUCUUACCAUGCAGACACCUUUUCCAUAAGUCUUGUGUGGACCCCUGGCUUUUAGAUCAUCGCACGUGUCCAAUGUGCAAAAUGAAUAUCCUGAAAGCUCUAGGGAUUCCGCCAAAUGCAGACUGCUUGGAUGAUAUUCCUCCUGACUUUGAAGGGUCUGUUGGGCCACCCACCAAUCAAAUCACAGGAGCCAGUGACGUGACUGUGAAUGAGAGUUCAGUGGGAAUAGACCCCUUGGUCAGCACUGUAGGAGUGCUACAAGUCAUUCAAGAUGUAGAAUUUCUACCGCAGGUUGGGGAAGUUAGCUAUACAGCAAGCAGUGAACAAGAGCCGACUGUCAGCAGCGACUCAGACAUCUCCUUGAUCAUGGCAGUAGAUGUGGGACUUUCAGAUGUGGAUCUUUCUACUGACCAGGACUGUGAUGAGGCAAAAUCAUGAGCUGGAGCAUUGUUGCUGUCUGUAGGAAAGUUAUAGGAGAAGAGGACAAAAGACCAGCUCUCCUGGAGUUUGGACAAAUCCAAAAAUUAUAACCAAUCACCACCACCAUAAAUCUCCAGCGCACUCCAUCCUGGUCUGAUCAUGAAAAGCAAUAGCGCCCAAUGCCUGCUAUGUGCUGCACAGUUUCUUCCCGUUGGGCUCCCAGUUGUGUUGAACAGAGAGCAGAAAGCUCCUUGGUUCCUCACCUGUGCAAGGCUUCUGGAUGCAGGCUUCCCUCGUGUGGAUGGUAGAACAAAUGGAAUACAACUGAAAUCUAUGAUGCUGUUAAAAAAGAGAGAACAUAAAAUUAUAUAUUUUUGUUUAUCUAGUUUUAAUCAGUAUAUUCAGUCGCCAGUUUAUGGACGGCUCAUCCUGUGAUCCAUUUUAUUUCAGGUUCCUGGCUUUUCAUUGUUUGGCAAGUAAACAAGGAGAGGUCAUAAGUCAAUCCUGUGCCCUUAUCUGAAGAAAGCUAUGGUUACUGCUUGGGUAGCCUUUCCAGUUGCACUCAAGAUGAAAAUGUCCUUUAACAACACUGCCCAGCUCCAUGUGACCUGCCAUUCUCCACUGACUGCAUAGGAGAAUCAAUUGUAUAAAAUAUGAAGUGAAUAUCUUCCAACUUUUUACACUGUCAAUAGUUGCCUAUAAUUAGAGAAAAUUAAGAAA